GUCUGUUUAAGACAACCUGACGUCACUGCCUGCGCAACUCAGUGCUCACUACUGCAUCACACUGAAAUAUCCCGAACGAAGGGAAAACCAAACGAGGUGGAUGAAAUACACGCCAAGCCGAGGAGAGAGAUAAUAAGAGCGGGAAGAGUAACUUCUGCAGGACAUACUUUUACCCACAACAUGAUGGAAAUAAGAUAUACGAUAAGAAGCUUGAAGAAUUUGUGAAAUGAGCCGAAGUCGCAUCUGAAGUGUUGAGCGUGGCGGCUUUGGGAGGGGCCGUUCUCAGAGACAAGCUGCAGUGGCAGCACCAGACACACAUGAGACUUCCCUGGUGCGUUUGGGGUUGUGUGAGACAGACAGACAGACAGACAGAGAGAGACAUUAGAGAAGGUAGUUGUGCCUGAGAGUUAUAGGUCUGUGUGCACCUUUGCAUUUGCUUGGCAUCAUUACCAUUUGUCAUGCUGAAUGUCUAGACUGAAGACACCCAACACUUCCCACCUUCUGCUCCUGGUCCGAGUCAAAGGGACAAGAGGGUUUUCUCCCCAGCCACAAUGAGUGAUAUUGCCAUUGUGAAGGAAGGAUGGCUACAUAAGCGAGGAGAAUACAUAAAGACAUGGAGACCAAGAUAUUUCUUACUCAAGAGUGACGGAACAUUUAUUGGGUACAAAGAGCGACCGCAAGAUAUUGACCAGCUGGAAACUCCACUCAAUAACUUCUCAGUGGCACAAUGUCAGCUGAUGAAGACGGAGCGACCGAAGACAAACACUUUUAUUAUUCGUUGCCUGCAGUGGACUACUGUUAUUGAACGCACUUUUCAUGUUGAGACCCCAGAAGAAAGGGAGGAGUGGACAAAGGCCAUCCAGGCUGUGGCAGAUAGUCUACAGAAGCAGGAGGAAGAGAGAAUGGACUCUUCACCUGACCCCAUGGACAUGGAGAUGUACCUGUCCAAACCUCGACUCAAAGUGACAAUGCAUGACUUUGAAUACCUCAAACUUUUGGGGAAAGGCACAUUUGGGAAGGUCAUACUAGUGAAGGAAAAAGCCACGGGCAAAUAUUAUGCCAUGAAAAUUCUCAAGAAGGAUGUGAUAGUAGCAAAAGAUGAGGUAGCACACACACUUACUGAAAACCGGGUCCUCCAGAACUCCAAACACCCUUUCUUAACAGGUCUGAAGUAUUCUUUCCAGACUCAUGACCGAUUGUGUUUUGUUAUGGAGUAUGCAAAUGGUGGAGAGCUUUUCUUUCAUUUAUCACGAGAUCGAGUUUUUUCGGAAGAGAGAGCUAAGUUUUAUGGGGCAGAGAUUGUCUCAGCCCUGGAUUACCUUCAUUCGGAGAGAAACGUGGUAUAUAGAGACCUAAAGUUGGAGAACCUGAUGCUGGAUAAAGAUGGCCACUUAAAGAUCACAGAUUUUGGCCUGUGUAAGGAGGGAAUUACAGAGGGAGCAACAAUGAAGACAUUCUGUGGUACACCAGAGUAUCUCGCUCCAGAGGUUCUUGAGGACAAUGAUUACGGCCGGGCAGUGGACUGGUGGGGAUUGGGUGUGGUCAUGUACGAGAUGAUGUGCGGCCGGUUGCCCUUCUACAACCAGGAUCAUGAGAAGCUCUUUGAAUUAAUCCUCAUGGAUGACAUCCGUUUCCCUCGUACACUUGGGCCUGAGGCAAAAUCAUUGCUGUCAGGACUGCUCCAGAAAGACCCAAAACAGCGGUUAGGCGGAGGUCCAGAGGAUGCAAAAGAAAUCAUGCAGCAUAAGUUCUUUGAAGGCAUUGAGUGGCAAGAUGUUUAUGAGAAGAAGCUUGUUCCACCUUUUAAGCCCCAGGUAACCUCAGAGACAGACACUCGCUAUUUUGACGUGGAGUUUACAGGGCAGACUAUCACCAUCACACCCCCAGGCCAAGAUGAAAACAUGGAGUCCUUUGACAGUGAUAGAAGACCCCACUUUCCUCAGUUCUCAUAUUCUGCCAGUGGCACAGCAUAAAGAACCCCUUAAAAAAUAGUUGACCCAGAAAUUAAAAUUUUGUGAUUAUUUAGUUAUCCUCAUGUCAUUCCAAAGCUGUAUGACUUUCUUCCUUAUUUGGAAUAGAUUUUUUAAUAUCCUGACAAAACUUUAAUUCUGUCAUUUUUGGAGUUUAACACUGUUCCAUGAAGCUAGCUGAACAAACUCUGAGGUUCACAGUAGGUUUAGAGUUGACAAAACAUACAAACCCAACCCGGUUUAGAUCAAGUUCAGUGGGCUCACAACGCUCGAUAUAAACGUUCUCUGUCAACUCAGAGUUUGAUCCAGGGUUUGUGAUGUCCCGUGUGCCAGUCACACCGAACAUGGAGAGCAUCAGUUUGAUUCACUUGUUGUGAGAGAGCAGCCCAAUUCACUUCUCUGUUGAAUAUUAAGAGAUCUUUAUGAAAAAUAUCAUGAAUUUAAACCCAUUUACAAAGCAGGAACAAACACUGCUGCUGCAGCGAAAGUUUGAGAAGGCAGCUGAAAAAAUACCUGACUAUAUUAAUGCAAGUGAAUUAACUGAAUUUAAAUAAUAAUUUAUAAAAGUUCAUGAAGAGUUCAAAAGAAAACACGUAAGCUUAAUAAGUUUAAAAGCUUUAUAUUAAAGCUUGUAUUUAUAUAUAUAUAUAUAUAUAUAUAUAUAUAUAUAUAUAUAUAUAUAUAUAUAUAUAUAUAUAUAUUUAAAUGCAAAGUUUAAUAUUAAUUGUCAAUUCAUAUAAUAAUUAAAUUAAUCUUUUAUGAAUUAUACAUAAUUAUAAUUCAUAUAAUAUAAGUAUAAUAAAUAAUUAGCAGCAAAAGAUGGCCAAUUUUUUCUAAAUUCUUUCACUAUGAACUGCUUUAAUUUGGAGCAAGAGAUACAGGGAUAUUGGCUUUAUGGCAUCACACACACAAACACAUAUAUAUGCAUGUCACUUUGCUCAAAGCUAAUUUUGGUCCAGUUUUGGUUUGCGAUUUCUAACCUAGAAUAAAACCUGCUCUGAAGUAGGUUAGCCGUAUAACGUAAGUUCUAAUGGCGAUGAACACUGCUAAAAUCCAAUCCACCUUCUUGAGCAGGAAAAACCAGUUUGCUGAAACUAAUCUUAAAUUAACCUGGGUAGCAAGUGAAACCGGCUUCAUGCAACAGGCCUCAUGCCCACACUGGGCACGACCAUUGUCGCAUCAAAGUGCAACAGCUUGAGGCUGUCUACACUGGAUGUGUCAUAGUGAAUGUUUCAGUUCCAUUUGUCCUGUUGUCAGAAGUAGCCCAAGCAUGUGGUGUAUACCAGAAAUAGAAUGGGGCAUCAGUUUUCUUUUGGCUAUGCCACAUCCAGUGUAGACAGCAUCACUAAUUGUAAUGGAUUAAAUUUGCUUUUGACAAUGUCACAUUGCGAUGCUUGUAUAACCACAGUGUGACGGUCCCAGUCCCCAUUCACUUUCAUUAUAUGGAACAGUUGCCAGUGCAUUUUUGAACAUUCCACCUUUGUAUUCUUAAAGCAUGCUUGAAAAAAGAAAGCCAUACAGAUUUGGACAUGAGGUUGAAUAAAUUACAGAAUUUUCAUUUUGGGUCAAACUAUUCCUCACUAAUAACACAUAUGCACACAGUUUCUGCACAAAACACUCCCCUGUGGCACUGCUAAUACCUGCAACACAGCCAUUGCUGUACUCCACUUCUUAAGUAGUAACACCCUUCCCAUACUGGAAUUCACACUGUUUCACCAGUGGUUAUUAUUCAGUCUAAUUCUCUAUUAAACAUUUAGCUAGCUUCUCACAAAUGCACAUUGUUUCUUAAAUUGAAAGGAUAGUGGAUAUUUCACCCAAAAAUGAAAAUUGUUAUUCUUUACUCACCUUCAUGUUGUUCCAAACCUGUAUUACUUUCUUUCUUCUCUUCUUUCCUCUUUAAUUGUACUUAAAAAUGUUGUCCUUACAUAUGAAUGUAGUGUAUCAUGGUUUGUGUCCUAUGAGGACACAAUAUUACCUGAAUACCAAAGAAGUAAUUAAAGGGGUAGUUCACCCAAAAAUGUAUUAAUUUUCAUUAAUAAUUAAAUGUCAUUAAUUACUCACCGUCAUGUCGUUCCAAACCCUUUUGUUCAUCUUUGGAACACAAAUGAAGAUCUUUUUUGAUGAAAUCUGGAAAAAUUCUGUCCCUCCAGCUACGUAACUACCACUUUGACUCUUUAAAAAAUUCAUAAAGAGAUCGUAACACUAAUUCUUAUGAAUUGAGUGGUUUAGUCCACAUUUUCUGAAGAGAUUUGAUCACUUUAUAGGAUGAACAGAUUGAAUUUAGGCUUAUAUUCACAUAAACAUUCAACUCACACAUCAGUUGUGGUAAACGGAAGCUCAAGCAUGUUUGCUUGAUGCGUGCGAGAACCAGUGAAGAGCCUUCAGCAAGAGGUUUGUUCUCUCGCACGUCAAUCAUGUUCAGUUGAGCUUCUGUUUAUGUUCACUGAUCGAUGUUUAUAUGUGAAUAAAAGCCUAAAUUAAAUCUGUUCAUUAUAAAAAGUGAUCGUGUCUCUUUAGAAAAUUUGGACAUAUGUAUUAGUUCCCUUUCCAUGGUUAUAUACGUAACCAGAGACGUUUUAUGAUCUUUUUAUGAACUUUUUAAAGCGUCAAAUUUUCAGUUGUGUAAGCUGUCUGUGGAGGGACAGAAAGCUCUAAGUUUUCAUCAAAAAGAUCUUCAUUUGCGUUCCAACGAUGAAGGAAAGAUUUGCGAGUUUGGAACGACAGGAGGGUGAGUAAUUAAUGACAGAAUUUUCAUUUUUGGGUAAACUAACCCUUUAAUUACAGAUGGAGACUCAUGUUGGAGCAUAAGUUUCAAAAAAGUUUGUUUUGAUUCUCUUUUAUUAGAAUAAUCUUUCAAAAGAUUCAAUGCAUUUGCCAAGAUACUGUUAACCACUGAGAUUUUUAUCAAACAGAACAGCUUCAUUCAGUAAUUCAGUAUAGUAGAUUGUUUUUGCCCCAUUGAGGAAGUACUAUUUGCUUGAACGUUACAGCCGUGGACUGAAGCUUUCAGCUAUAGUGGUUAUAAAGGAAAUUCUUUUGUAUGUCAGUGCAGUUUAUAAUUUAUAAGAUCUGUCUAUGAAAUGUAUUCAUACAUUCAUGACUCUCAGUUGCCAAGAAACAAUACUGAUGUUUGUCUUCAUGUGAGUUCAUUGUAGCAGGAAAUAGUUACACUGCAUAAACGAACUAAAAUUGUCAAAUAAUCUAUCUGCUUAAUUAUUUGUUUUCGUUUCAUGGUACCCAAUAUUUUUUAUGUUGUAUAUGAAUUCAUGUAAGAAUUGCAUUUCAAGGAAUUUUUUGCUAAACUUUCCAGACCCUUCAUUUUGAAAACAGUGCUGCAGUUAAUUUAAGUAAAACAGUUUGGCAUAUUUAGCAUUGGAAGAAUUGUAUGAUUCAUCCCCCCAAUGAAUAAGCUGCAAAUUCAGUUUUUUUUAAGCCUCUGCAAAUGUAGCAUAUUUAAAAAUUCACAUAACAAUGAAUAAGCAGGUUUCAGCAUUUUAGAUAAACAUUGGACAAAAUGUGCACAGACCAAACAUUUCUGAGAAUGGUUUUGGUCCAUAUUUUAAUAAUGAAUCCCCAAAAAAUAUUGUGUUGGUUGCUGGUCUAAUGUGUAUCUCUAUAUUUUUCUUUUUUUUCUACUUUGCUUUUAUAUUUAUUUAUAUACGUUUUUCUACUUUGCUAAAAUGAAAUAUUUUGUAUUGAUACAGUUCUAAAAUUGUGAAUGUUUCUCUAAAAAACCACGAGCUUUAGUUAUUUGAGUUAUUGUCUUCUUUCUAGCCUCUGAAAGAAGAAAGGCUGACUGAAAGACAAAAAAAACUAGACCAUGUUUUUUUUUUGUCUUUCAGUCAGCCUUUCUUCUUUCAGAGGCUAGAAAGAAGACAAUAGCUUCUUAUAUAUAUAUAUAUAUAUAUAUAUAUAUAUAACGUUUAAAUAAAAGUUUUUUGGAUUAAAGACUAUCUCCUUGUGUUUGUUGAUGAAUCUCACACCUUUAGGAGAAUAAUGAUUAUGCUUAGGAAAUUGAGAAUAUACAGUAUUUGUCAUGGAAUUGCUUCGAGAUCAGUUCAUGUAAGUAAGCAUCAAUUCUAACACAUUUAUGAACAUAGGCUAUAUAUGAAUCAAAGUAUAGUGCCAUGUUUAACUAUUUAAAUGUUUAGCAAACAUCUCUUAUUGAUCAUUGUAAUACAUAUAAGAACAUGGGCUAUUAUGAAACAAAGCAGUAUGCCAUUUUGACCUUUUUUUAUUUUAUUUUAUAUAGUAACAUGCAGUAGUAGCAAACUGUCUCUUAGUAUUAUACAUUUUCACUUCUUGUCUGUGUUCUUUGAGUUUAGUUCAUUCCCUGGGUUUUUUCUCAAUCAGCUGCCCAGGUCGUGAAUCAGUAUAUCGUGUACACGAAUUUGCUCAGGACACUGACUCAAAACAUAUUGGGGCAAUGAUGGCUCUAUUUCUGGCAACAUGGCAACAUCCUCAGUGUACAGAGUCACUACUUGUAUUUAUGAACAACAUCUUUCUGAAAUUACUUGUUUGUUAUUUAAAAGUACAUUAUGAUAAAUACUUUGAUUGUUACAUAUCCCUGAAACAUUUUAGCCAUAAAUGUUAGCUACAUUAUGUCCAUUACUUGUCUAUAUUUAUGCUGAAAUAUAAUUAAAUAGUGGUUUGUUUGUUUGUUUUUUUACAAAAUAAAAACAUCUAUCCCGUGUCAUUAUG